ACACGUACAGUACGCGCUUGCCUCUGUCGUCGUUCGGUAUAUAUUCUCAUCUGCUUUCCCUCAUCUCUCUUUUCUUCUUUUCAUCAUCACUUCCCCUUCUCCCUCCCAUCCUCAUACUCACCUCUCUCCUUCCAUACCAGAAUGUCAAAGUUCAGCAAGAGCGUUAUCGCUCUGUUCACUCUGGCAUUGGUCUGCUUGGUCGCCCUCACGACCGUCAAGGCCGAUGCUGACGAGACCCGCGAAUCCUAUGGCACCGUCAUCGGUAUCGAUCUCGGAACCACCUACUCUUGCGUCGGUGUCUACAAGAACGGACGUGUUGAAAUUAUUGCCAACGACCAGGGUCACCGUAUCACCCCCUCCUAUGUCGCCUUUACCGAGGACGAGCGUCUUGUCGGAGACGCCGCCAAGAACCAGUACGCCGCCAACCCCACCAACACUAUCUUCGACGCCAAGCGUAUGAUCGGUCGCCGUUUCGAUGACAAGGAUGUCCAGCAGGAUCUUAAGCACUUCCCCUUCAAGGUCAAGUCCAAGUCCGGCGCCCCCGUCAUCGAGGUUAACGUCAAGGGUGAGCCCAAGACCUUUACCCCUGAGGAGAUUUCCGCCAUGGUUCUCGGCAAGAUGAAGGAGAUCGCUGAGGCCUACCUCUCCAAGAAGGUCACCCACGCCGUCGUCACCGUCCCCGCCUACUUUAACGACGCUCAGCGCCAGGCCACCAAGGAUGCCGGUGCCAUCGCCGGUUUGAACGUCCUCCGUAUCGUCAAUGAGCCCACCGCCGCCGCUAUCGCCUAUGGUUUGGACAAGAAGGAGGGUGAGCGCACCAUUCUGGUCUACGAUCUCGGUGGUGGUACCUUUGAUGUCUCUCUCUUGUCGAUCGAUGAUGGUGUUUUCGAAGUCCUCGCCACCUCUGGUGAUACCCACUUGGGAGGAGAGGAUUUCGAUCAGCGCGUCAUUGAGCACUUUGUCAAGCAGUACAAGAAGAAGAACAGCAAGGACAUCACCAAGGACCUCAAGACUAUGGGCAAGCUUAAGCGCGAGGUCGAGAAGGCUAAGCGUACUCUUUCCUCCCAGAUGUCUGUCCGUAUCGAGAUCGAUUCUUUCCAUGAUGGUGAGGACUUCUCCGAGACCCUGACCCGCGCCAAGUUCGAGGAACUCAACAUGGAUCUGUUCAAGCGCACCGUCAAGCCCGUCGAGCAGGUCCUCAAGGAUGCUGGUCUCGAGAAGAAGGAUAUCCACGACAUUGUCCUUGUUGGUGGUUCGACCCGUAUCCCCAAGGUCAUCUCCUUGAUCGAGGAUUUCUUUGGUGGCAAGAAGGCUUCCAAGGGUAUCAACCCUGAUGAGGCUGUUGCCUAUGGUGCCGCUGUCCAGGGUGGUGUCCUCUCUGGCGAGUCUUCCGCCGAUUCCCUCCUUUUGUUGGAUGUUAACCCCUUGACCCUCGGAAUCGAGACCACUGGAGGUGUCAUGACCAAGCUCAUCCCCCGCAACACCGGCAUUCCCACCAAGAAGUCCCAGAUCUUCUCGACCGCCGCCGACAACCAGCAGACUGUCUUGAUCCAGGUCUUUGAGGGAGAGCGUGCCAUGACCAAGGAUAACAACCAGCUCGGCAAGUUCGAGUUGACCAACAUUCCCCCAGCCCCUCGUGGUGUCCCCCAGAUCGAGGUCACCUUCGAGAUCGACGCCAACGGUAUCUUGCGUGUUUCUGCCUCGGACAAGGGCACUGGCAAGACCGAGACCAUUACCAUUACCAACGACAAGGGCCGUCUUACGGACGAGGAGAUUGAGCGCAUGGUUAAGGAGGCUGAGCAGUUCGCCAACGAGGAUCAGGUCAUCAAGGAGCGCAUUGAGUCCAAGAACGUUCUUGAGAACUACCUCUACUCUGUCAAGAACCAGGUCAACGAUGAAGCCCAGUUGGGUGCCAAGAUCGAUGCCGAGGAUAAGAAGACCAUUUUGGAGGAAGUCAACAAGAAGAUCUCGUGGCUCGAGUCCGAGGGCACGACUGCCUCGAAGGAGGAGCUGGAUGAGAAGAAGGAGGAGGUUGAGGCCAUUGUCAACCCCAUCACCUCCAAGCUCUACGGCUCUGCCGGUGGCUCUGGCCCCGCCCCCAGCGAGGAGAUGCCCAACCACGAUGAGCUGUAAACAUCUUCGUCUGCAUUUGCCGCUCAUUCUUCAUUUGUUUUCUUUCGUAAAAUAAUAUACAUUUGAAAAGGAAUCGCUCUGCUUUGUAUAGUAUCAACCACACUCUUACAGAAAUAAAUAAAAAAAAAAAAUACAAAACUUUUGCAUUUAAAGGAUAGCAAAGUCUAUUCUUUGAUUGCACAUUAUUUUGAAGAUCGA